AUGACGGUGCAGGCGGUGCAGGAGGCCGGCUGGCGCCUGCAGCAGCUGCCUAGUGAUGGCAGCGGGGCCUGUGCAGAGGGCCUGCAGGGCAAGCUCCAGCAGCUGAGCCAUCAGUGGAGCCAGGUCUUGGCCGAGAUGGAGCACCGCCAGCUGGCCUUGGACCACAACCUGAGCCAGGUGCGGGAGGUUUCUCUGGAGGCGGCUGGGCUGAUGCAGUGGUUGGACCGUGUGGAGUUGCAGCUCUUCUCUUCCAAGACCAUCUGGGGCCCCCCCGAAGCCACCAAGGACAAGCUGGCCGCACUCUUGGAACUCUGCGAAGAGAUGAAGUCCAAGCAGCAAACAUACCAGCAAGUCCAGGAGAAGCUCCAGCAUCUGUUGGCCACCUGCCACUCAAACGGGGCUUCUACAGCCGAGCACAGCCUGAAGGUGUUGGAGCAGAAGUGGGGUACCCUCACUAGCCGCCUGCAAGAGCAGAAGGAGCAGCUCCUCCAAAGCCCGAAUACGGCCACCGAGUUCCACGCCACCCUCCAGGAGCUCCUGAAGUGGGUCAGGCAGACGGAGGAGGUCUUGGCAGCCCUGCCUCCUCCCAGCUACAUCCUGGACACGGUCAGCAAACAGAGACGGCAGCAGCAGGCCUUGGUGCAGCAGACGGUAGCCCAGAGCAAGAAGCUGGCAGGGAUGCAGGCGGGGGCUGCCUGCCUGACCCAGGACAACGGGGGUCCUCCCAGCCUGGUGGGCAGUGCCAAGGAGCGGCUGGCCAGUGUCCUGCAGCAAGUGAGCAAGAGGGGGGAGGUGCUGGAAGAGGCCCACCAGCAGGCCAAGCAGUUCAGAGAGUCCUGGCAGCUGCUGCUCAAGUGGUUGGAUGGGGCUGAGGCAGCCCGUCCAGCCCCUGCAGAUGCCCCCCCAGUGAAGCAAGAGGACCUCAAGGCCCUUCUGAGACAACACGAGGAGUUGCAAAGGCGCCUGCGGGUCAAGCGCCGGGUCUUCGAGGCCACCCUGCAGCGGGGGAGUCUCUUACGGGCCAGGGCCCUGCUCCCUGCUGAUGGCCAGGAGCUGGACGCGAUGGAGAGGGAGCUGAAGGAGCACUGGGGGGCUCUGUGGAGCUGGGCAGCCGAGAGGCAGCAGAAGCUGGAGGAGCAGCUGCUGUUGUCCGGCUGCUUCAGCGAUGACCUUCAGAGCCUCCUGGACUGGUUAUGUCGGGUUGAGCCCCAGCUGGCUGAGGAGACCCCCGUGGCUGGGGACAGAGACCUGGUGGGCAUGCUGAUGGAGCAGCACAAGGCCUUCCAGACGGAGCUGAGCCGACGGGCGGUGGCUGUCGGGACGCUGAGGUGCUCUGCAGAGCGUGAGCUGGUGCAAGGUGGGAGCACCAUGGAUGCCCGCUGGCUGCAGAUCCAGAUGGAGGAGCUGGAAGAUCGCUGGGAACUCAUCGGCCGGCUCUCCGUCUCGCAGCAGAACCGGCUGGAGGUCACCCUGAGGCAGGCAGAGGAGUUCCACCGCCGGCUGUGUGCCUUCCUGAGCCACCUAUCUCAGCUGGAGAAGUCGGCCAUGGACGGGACCCCUCUAGAGGAGGAGGAGGAGGAGGAGGAGGCCAUGGCUGAGGCCCAGAGCCAGCUCAAGGAGCUGCGGCAGAGCGUGCAGUGCCAGCAGCUGGAGCUGGACUGCAUCACCUCUCUGGGCGAGGAGAUCCUGAGCGCCUGCCACCCUGAUGCUGUGGGCACCCUCCAGUCCUGGCUCGGCCUUGCCGAGAGCCGCUUCCAGCAGCUCUGCAACCAGGUCCAGCAGCAGGAGCAGCGGCUGCAGGCCCAGGCGGCCUCCCUUGCUGCGGGCCAGGAGACAGUGGAGCGACUCAGAGACUGGAUCACAGCCACCGAAGAGACCUUGAGCCUGCGGGACCAGGAGCCCCUCCCUGAGGAUGCCGGGCAGCUGGAGGAGCUCAGGUGUCAGCACACGGUCUUCAUGCAGGAGCUGGACCACAAGCAGCCGGAGGUGGAGGCGGCCGCCAAGCGUGGGAGGCAGAAAAGGACUGCGCGGCCGGGGGUGGAGGCUCCUUCCUGCAAGGGGCCUUCCGGUUGGUGCCUCCAGUUCCUGGUUUAUUCGCAGCUCUUGCCCUGGGCCAGAGGAUGGCAUGGGGCCAGAAAAGCUUUGCCCCUGGAAGACCUGGAGCCCCAGAGCCCACUCCUAACCCAACUGGUGCUCCGCUGGCAGCGCCUCUGGCUGGCAGCUCAGGACCGGCAGCAUCGGCUCCAGAAUUCCCAGCAGCGCCUUCAGGAGCUGGAAGAAAUGGCCAACUUCAAUUUUGCUGUCUGGCGCAAGCGGUACCUGCAGUGGAUCAGCCACAGGAAGUCCCGGGUCCUGGACGUCUUUCGCAGCAUUGACCGAGACCAAGAUGGGCGCAUCACCCAGCAGGAGUUUGUCGGGCAUGUCCUGGCCUCCAAAUUCCCCACUAGCCUGCUGGAGAUGAAAGCAGUGGCCAAAGUCUUUGACGUGAAUAGGGAUGGUUUCAUUGAUUAUUGUGCAUUUAUCAGCGCUCUGCAUCCCAGCCGGGAAAUCCUGCACAGAGCAGCCAACGUGGACCACAUCCAAGAGGAGGUGAACCGACAAGUGGCUGAGUGCAACUGUGCAAAGCGUUUCGAAGUGGAGCAAAUCAGUGCCACCCGUUACAGAUUUGGGGAGUGCCAGCAGCUGCGCAUGGUUCGAAUCCUGAGAAGUACCCUGAUGGUGCGAGUCGGAGGAGGCUGGACGGCUCUGGACGAGUUCCUGGUGAAGAACGACCCCUGCAGAGUCAAGGGAAGGACCAACCUGAAGAUCAAUGAAAGAUACCUCUCCCCGGGACUCCUAGGGCGGAAGGGGGCAGGCAGCCAAUCUGCCCCCGCCUCCAAGAUGCUCUCCCCCUGCUGCUCCACCUCCAGCCUCAGCCAGUACAGCAGCGCCUCUGCGCCCAGCAGCCCCGUCCCGAGGAAGGUCGCGCCGCUUCGGGCUGCAGGAGGAAGGCGACCGAUCCGCCGCGGCCCGCGACCCCUGCUUGCGGGGCCACGUCCAGGCUCUCCACCGCAGCGGCAGGCGAGAAGCAUCUCGGGAGUCUUUGUGGAGGGUUCUGGCAAGACCACAAGUCUGGCACAAGCUCUCCAGGACCACCUGAUCCAACCGGAUGUUGCCCUGGCCCUGCUGGAAGCCCAGGCAGCCACAGGUGGCAUUGUUGACCCUGUGGGUGAGCGGCUCCUCCCUGUGACGGAGGCCCUGGCGGUGGGACUGGCAGGGCUGGAAAUGAAGGAGAAGCUGUUGCACGCAGAGCGGGCAGUGACGGGCUUCCCUGACCCCUACACACAGGAGAAGAUCUCCCUCUACCAAGCCAUCCAAAAAGAGCUGAUUGGAAGAAAGUUGGGCCUCUGUCUCCUGGAAGCCCAGAUAGCCACUGGAGGGGUCAUUCAGCCUGUUUCUGGCCAUCGCGUCCCUCUGCAAGAGGCCUACACACGGGGCUACUUGGACGAGGGCUUGAGCAACUCCCUCUCUGAUCCAGAGAACGAGGAGGCCAAGGGCUUCAGGGAUCCUAAUACUGACCAGAUGGUCACCUACACAGAACUGAUGAGAAGAUGCCUGGCAGACCCAGCCAGGGGCCUCCUCUUGCUGCCUCUCAAGAUCUCUUUCCCUGGACUGAGAGGGGCUGUGUGUAGCCAGGAGCUGCUGAAUUCUGGAGUCAUUGACGCUGCCGUGUUUGAAGCCCUCCAGAAGGGGGAGAUGACCGUGCGGGAAGUGGCAGAGAUGGAUUCAGUGCAACAAUCCACGUCGGAGAUCGCCAGCAUCGCUGGAGUAGCCGUCCUGCCCACAAAUGAAUGCAAGAGUCUCUACCAGGCUUUAGUAGAGCAUCUCCUCCCUCCUGGCGCAGCUGAAAUUCUGAUGCAGGCUCAGGUGGCCUCUGGCUAUUUAAUUGACCCCGUCAAGAAUGCCAAAUUCACUGUGGCUGAGGCCGUCCAGGCAGGAGUUGUUGGGCCGGAGCUCUUUGGGAAACUGACCUCAGCUGAGAGGGCCGUUACAGGAUACAAGGAUCCCUACACAGGGGAGACCAUCUCUUUGUUUCAAGCCAUGCAGAAACACCUGGUGCCCAGGAACCCAGGCCUUUGCCUGCUGGAUGCUCAGCUCGCCACUGGAGGCGUCAUUGACCCAGAUGCCCAUCACCGGCUUCCUACAAGGGUGGCCCUGCAGAGGGGCCACUUAGAUGAAGAGACAUACAGCCUCCUCUGCAACCCUACGGAGGAGGCCCGUGGGUUCUUUGAGCCCAACUCAAAGGAGAGGUUGUCCUAUGGGGAGCUGCUCUUGCGGUGCGUCUUUGAUCCGGAUACCGGGCUCUGUCUCUUGCCUCUUUCUGGACAUCAGGAGAAGAUUCACACCUUCAUUGACCACAGUACAAAGCUGGCCCUGAAAAACACUACGGUGUCCGUGGCCUCUGGUAGGUUCAAGAGAAGGCCCGUAUCCCUCUGGAAGCUCCUCUUCUCGGAAUAUCUGACGGGAGAGCAGAGGAGAGCACUUACCCAGCAAUUCUCCUCUGGGUCCCUUUCCGCUCAGCAGCUGGCUGACAAAAUCCGCCUCGUGGUGGAGCAAACCACUGCCGACUCCCGAGUCACCUUUGAAGGCUUGAGGGAAAAGGUGACACCUGCCCAGCUCCUGAGCUCUGAAAUCAUCAACAAAGACUUAUUUGAGAAGCUAACGCAGGGAGACACCCUGGUCAAAGAGGUGAUUAGCAUGGGCACGGUGAAGAAAUACCUGGAAGGGACGGGUAGCAUUGGGGGCCUGCUCCUGCCCGACUCCCAGGAGAGAAUGAGCAUCUACGAAGCCAAGAGGAAGGGCUUCCUCCGUCCAGGAACGGCGCUGAUCCUUCUGGAGGCUCAGGCGGCCACAGGACACAUCAUUGACCCCGUGGCCAAUCAGAGAUAUUCCGUGGACGAGGCCUUGCGGGGCAACAUCAUUGGUCCAGAUAUGUACAGCAAGUUGCUGGCUGCUGAGAAAGCAGUGACUGGCUAUAAGGACCCUUAUACUGGGAACAAGAUCUCCCUUUUCCAGGCCAUGAAAAAAGACCUCAUCAUCAAAGAACAUGCCAUUCGCCUUCUGGAGGCCCAGAUCGCCACCGGAGGUGUCAUCGAUCCCGUCAACAGUCAUCGCCUCCCGGUGGAAGUGGCCUACAAGCGGGGCUUUUUUGAAAAGAAGAUGAGCCUGAUCCUGUCAGAUCCCAGUGAUGACACCAAAGGCUUCUUUGACCCAAACACGCAUGAGAACCUAACUUACCUGCAGUUAAAGGAGAAGUGCAUUGUGGAGCCCACCACGGGCCUCUGCCUCCUGCCACUCAACAGCAAGAAGCACCAACCCCUGGAUGAUGCCACCAGGCAGGCUUUCAGGAGCUCCUGGCUCUUUGUCAAACAUGGGCGCUUCCAAGGACAAAGAGUCUCUCUGUGGGACCUGCUGAACUCAGAGUAUUUCAGUGAGGGAAAGAGAAAGGAAGUCUUCAACCACUACGGCCUUCGGAAGGUCACCCUGGAGGAGAUUUGCCUCGCUUUGGAAGAGGAAAUGAAGAAAUGGGCCUGCAUCCAGUUCCCGGCCCUCAGAGGGAAAGUCAGCGCUUACCACCUGCUGGAGAGAGGCAUCAUUGACCGGGCUCUCUUUGAGGAGAUCCUAGAUGGAGGGGUGAGCCCAGAGGACGUCCUGCGCCUGGAUUCAGUCCGAAGGUACCUCUACGGCACGGGGAGCAUCGGGGGAAUUCUGCUGCAGCCCUCCAAUGAGAGACUGAGCCUCUAUGAAGCCAUGAAGAGGGACAUGGUGGUGCCCGGGGUUGCCCUGCCCUUGCUGGAGGCCCAAGCAGCUACUGGAUUCCUUGUAGAUCCUGUGAGCAGCCAGAGACUCUCCCUGGAUGAUGCGGUGAAGAAAGGCCUGGUUGGUCCUGAGCUUUAUGAGGUGUUGCAGCAGGCUGAAGAAGCUGUCACGGGCUACAGGGACCCCUUCACCGGCAAGAUCAUCUCCCUCUUCCAAGCAAUGAAGAAAGGCCUUUUGGCCGACAGGAAAGCCAGGCAGCUGAUGGAUGCCCAGCUGGCUACUGGGGGGGUCAUGGACCCACACAGCGGCCACUAUGUCCCCAUAGAAUUUGCCCAGAAAAAGGGCUACCUCGAUGAGGAGUUCAGGAAAACCUUUUCCAACGCAAGCAGUCACUCCAAGGCUUUCAGCACCCUGGACAGGAAAGAGAGGGUCAGCUAUGGCCAGUUGAUGGACAGGUGUCUGAAGGAGGCACAUUCGGGCAUUCGCCUCUUGCCUCUGGCAGAAACAGCUUCUGCUCGCUACACUGAAGAACAGAUCCAGCAGCGCUUUAAGGAGACCUUUGUUGAGGACAAGGGGGUCUCUCUCUGGGACCUUCUCAGUUCCAGUUACUUCACUGAGGAGCAGAAGUCAGACUUUUUGGAGAAGUACAGCUCCGGAGCAGUUUCCCUUCACCAGCUGGUCAGCCUUGUCCAGGGGGUUAUUGACGACAUAGAAAUGAAAGCCAAGGCGCAGGUCACUUUCCAAGGCCUGAGAGGCGCGGUGCCAGCCGUCUGGCUCCUGGACACAGGCAUCAUUUCAGAGAAGACGUUUGCUGAGCUGGCCCAGGGCAAGAGAUCUCCCAGAGAAGUCUCUGAGAUGGAAAGCGUCAAGCCGUACCUGCAGGGCACAGGCAGCAUUGCUGGAGUUUUCGUUCAGUCCUCCAAAGAAAAAAUGGGCAUUUACCAAGCUAUGCAGGAAAGGCUCCUCCUGCCAGGAGUGGCAGCACAGCUGCUCAGUGCCCAGGCAGCCACUGGCUCCAUCAUGGACCCGGCGUCUGAUCGGAGGUUUGGCGUUGAGGAUGCCAUCAAAAGUGGCAUCGUGGGAGAAGAGCUGAUGGAAGAGCUGCUGCAAGCUGAGAAGGCGGUGAGUGGCUUCCCUGACCCCUACUCGGGGAAACCAAUCUCAGUGUGCCAGGCUAUUAGGAAGGAGCUCCUCCCUGCCAGGGUGGGCAUCCCCAUGCUUGAGGCUCAGCUGGCCACCGGAGGAAUCAUCGACCCUGUACAUGGCCACCACGUGCCCCUCGGAGCGGCCUUCAAGCAUGGCUUGAUUGACGAAGAAAUGCAGAGGACUCUUUCUCAGGACACCAAGGAGAGCCAGGUUUUCUUUGACCCGAAUGCCCAGGAGAGCCUGACCUAUCGGCAGCUGAAGGACAGAUGCAUCCAAGAUCCUGAGAUGGGGCUCUGGCUUCUCCCACUGUCCAAAGAGGCAGCUUUUUAUGGAGACCAGCAAGCCAUGGAAGUGCUGAAAUCUUUCUCCGUCUCAGUCAGCACUGGGAGGUUUAAAGGACAAGACGUUUCUCUCUGGGACUUGCUCCACUCCGAGUACAUCCCGGACGCCAAGCGGAGAGAGCUGGUGCUGAGAUACAAAGAAACGCACGAGGAGCUCCUUCAGGAAAUGGCAUCAUCCAUCAAGAAGAUCAUCGAAGAGACGGAGCAGCAAGGCAAGAGAUUCACUUUCGAAGGCCUAAGAAAGAAGGUGUCAGCCAACGACCUCUUCCAGUCCCAGCUCAUAGACAUGACAACCCUGGACGAACUCAGGCAGGGGAAGACAACGGUCCAGGAAGUCAGCGAGAUGGAUUCCGUCAAGCGCUUUCUGGAGGGGUGCAACUUCAUUGCGGGGGUCCUCAUAGAACCAGACCGUGAAAAAAUGAGCCUCUACCAAGCCAUGAGGCGGGGUCUGCUGAGACCAGGGGCAGCUCUGGUCUUGCUGGAGGCCCAGGCAGCCACCGGGUACCUCAUUGACCCAGUGAAAAACAAGAAGCUCUCCGUGGACGAAGCAGUGUCAGCAGAGCUGAUUGGAAGAGAAAUCUACGAGAAGCUACUGAGUGCAGAAAAAGCCGUCACAGGAUACACAGAUCCCUACACCAACGGGCAGAUCUCCCUCUUCGAGGCCAUGAAUCAGGAGCUGAUUGUGAGGAGCCAUGGCAUCCGCCUGCUGGAGGCGCAGAUUGCCACGGGGGGCGUCAUCGACCCCGUGCACAGUCACCGCAUCCCAGUGGAGGUUGCAUAUAAGCGAGGCUACUUUGAUGAAGACCUGAACCGCAUCCUUCUGGACCCCACGGAUGAUACCAAGGGCUUUUUUGACCCCAAUACUCACGAGAAUCUCACUUACCUGCAGCUUCUGGAACGCUGCAUCCAAGAUUCAGAAAGUGGGCUGUACAUGCUGCAGAUCGUCAGAAGAGGGGAAACCUACUUCUACAUUGACGAGGCAACAAAAGAGUUUUUGAGAACGCAGACCAUGAAAGUACAGGUAGGCCGGUAUAAAGACCAAGUGGUCUCUGUGUGGAGCCUCCUCUGCUCCCCUUAUAUCCAGGAACAGAAGAGGAAAGACCUGGUCAGGCAGUAUAAGGGCGAGAAGCUCAGUUUGCCACAGCUCUGCAAAACCAUCACCACUAUUGUGGAGGAAACAGAACAGGCAACCCAGAAGAUCAAGCUGAAGGGACUGAGGGGGCAAGAGGUGUCUGCUGCAGAGCUCUUCAAUGCAGAAAUCAUCGACAAGGUGACCUUGGACAGACUGCACCUGCGGAGCCUUCCUCUGCAACAGCUCACCCAGACGGACAUCGUGAAGCGCUACCUUGAAGGGACAGGCUGCAUUGCGGGUGUCUUGGUGGCUGGCCAGGGGCUGAAGCUGCUUGCCUAUGAGGCCAUGAAGAGAGGCUUUCUCUCCCCAGAACAUGCUCUGCUAUUACUGGAGGCGCAGGCUGCCACAGGGCUCCUUACUGACCUGGUGGAGGAGAAGGCCUUCUCGGUUGACCAGGCCAUCUCUCUUGGGCUGGUUGGGGAAGAGUUUCACAAGGCGCUCCUCCUUGCUGAGAAAGCCGUUAUUGGACACACUGACCCCUCCACAGGAGACAAAAUCUCCCUUUUCCAAGCCAUGAAAAGAAACCUGGUGGAGAAAGCCCAUGCCCUCCGGCUGCUGGAGGCACAGAUGGCCACGGGUGGCAUCAUUGAUCCCAUACAUAGUCACCGCCUCCCUGUGGAGGUGGCUUGCAGACGGGGCUACUUGGAUGAAGAAACUUUCCUCUUGCUUUCUGAUGAGGGACUUGUUCCCAAAGGAUUUGUGGAUCCCAACACCCAGGAGAGGAUCACCUACACUCAGCUCCUGCUCAGGUGCAUCAAAGAUACAAAGACAGGUGCAUACCUGUUGCCCUUACUGGAGAAGAGGGAGUACAUCUUUGUGGAUGAAAAAACUAAGUGCGUCCUCUCAUCUUGCAAAAUAAAAGUAGGCCUGGGGAAAUACAAAGGACAGUCCACUUCUCUUUGGGAACUUCUUUCUUCAGACUACGUUACAAAAGAAAUGCAGAAGAAGAUGAUUAAAAAAUAUAAAGAGGGAGGCUUUGCAGUUUUGCAGAGCAUCACAAGGGAAAUACUGAAGAUAAUAAAGAAAACAGAAGACCACAGAAAAGACAUAUGGUUCCAAGGAAUACGGAGGCAAGUCACAGCUUCUGAACUACUAAAGGCGGACAUCAUUAAUGAAGAAACUAUGAAAAAUCUGCAGGCAGGAAAAGAGAGAGCGCAGGCUGUAGCCAAGAUGGAUUCGGUGAAGAGAUACCUGGAAGGCAACAGCUGCAUCGCUGGCGUGAUGGUGCCAUCCAGGACAGACCCUUCCAGAUCAGAGAAGAUGACCAUCUACCAGGCCAUGUGGAAAGGCAUUCUGAGGCCAGGCACGGCCCUGGUGUUGCUGGAGGCACAGGCUGCCACGGGCUUUAUCAUCAAUCCAUCAACAAAUGAGAGAUUCUCUGUAAGUCAGGCAGUUGAAGCUGGUGUCGUAGGGGAAGAAAUACAGAAAAAACUGCUUUGUGCAGAGAGAGCCGUGACAGGUUAUACAGAUCCAAACACAGGAAAAAGCAUUUCCCUCUUUCAAGCAAUGAAAAAGGAAUUAAUCUUAAAAGAGCACGGGAUCCGCCUGCUGGAAGCCCAGAUUGCCACGGGUGGCAUCAUCGAUCCUGUGCACAGUCACCGCCUCCCCGUGGAAGUAGCGUACAAGAGGGGCUACUUUGAUGAGGAAAUGAACCGGAUCCUCUCUGAUCCCACAGACGACACCAAGGGCUUCUUUGACCCAAACACACACGAAAACCUCACUUACCUGCAGCUUCUGCAGCGGUGCCUGCCCGAUCCGGAGACUGGUUUGCUGCUGCUCCACAUCAUGGACAAGGGCUGGUUUUCAUCUUUCCUCAACGAGAACACCAAGAAGGCUUUGCAGACGGCCAAGACCAAGAUCGGCGUCGGGCUGUUCCAGGACCAAGAGGUUUCUGCGUGGGAUCUCCUCUUCUCCAGAUACAUCCUUCUGUCCAAGAGGCAGGACUUGCUGAGGCAGUACAAAGCAGGCACUGUGACACUUGAGCGUCUCACCCAAAUCCUCAUCGCCAUUGUCACUGAGGCAGAGGAAAAGAGCGCCAGGCCCAUCGGUCACAAAGAAGCUCCCAACCAACCAACCACAAAUGAAAUGAUCACCACCCUGACCUCGCUUCACGCCAAGGACAGGGCUUCUUCCCCAGGAGAGGAAGCCACUCUUUCCUCCCAGCACAAUGAACUGGAACGCACUUUGCGACAGGUGACCAUAGACGUGCCUGUGGGUGAGUUUCAAGGCUCCAGGCGAUCAGCGUGGGAGCUCCUCUUCUCCAAGUAUGUGACUGCGGCCAAGCGCCAGGAGCUGCUGCAGAAGUAUCAAGAGAGGUCUGUGGCCCCAGGCGAGCUGGUCCAAAUACUCAUCACCCUGAUUGAAGAGAUGGAAGAGAAGGGCAACCAGCUGAAAUUCUCGGGGCUCAGGAAGCAGGUGUCAGCCUCAGAACUGUUUCACUCCCGCAUCAUCAACCAAGAGACGCUCUCUAAGCUCGCAGAAGGCACCAAAACGGUGGAAGAGGUCACAGAAAUGGAUUCGGUGAAGAGGUAUCUGGAAGGCAACAGCUGCAUCGCUGGCGUGAUGGUGCCAUCCAGGACAGACCUUUCCAAGUCAGAGAAAAUGACCAUCUACCAGGCCAUGUGGAAAGGUAUUCUGAGGCCAGGCACGGCCCUGGUGUUGCUGGAGGCACAGGCCGCCACAGGCUUCAUCACCGACCCCCUGGCGAACAAAAAACUCUCCGUUGAUGACGCUGUCUCUGUUGAACUGGUGGGAACCGAGCUGCGGGAGAAGCUUCUCUCCGCAGAGAGGGCUGUGACCGGCUAUAAAGACCCCUAUACGGGGAACAAGCUCUCCCUCUUCCAGGCCAUGAAGAAAGGUCUCAUAGUCAAAGAGCACGGGAUCCGCCUGCUGGAAGCCCAGAUUGCCACGGGUGGCAUCAUCGAUCCUGUGCACAGUCACCGCCUCCCCGUGGAAGUAGCGUACAAGAGGGGCUACUUUGAUGAGGAAAUGAACCAGAUCCUCUCUGAUCCCACAGACGACACCAAGGGCUUCUUUGACCCAAACACACACGAAAACCUCACUUACCUGCAGCUUCUGCAGCGGUGCCUGCCCGAUCCGGAGACUGGUUUGCUGCUGCUCCACAUCAUGGACAAGGGCUGGUUCUCAUCUUUCCUCAACGAGAACACCAAGAAGGCUUUGCAGACGGCCAAGACCAAGAUCGGCGUCGGGCUGUUCCAGGACCAAGAGGUUUCUGCGUGGGAUCUCCUCUUCUCCAGAUACAUCCCUGAGGAGAAAAGGAAGGAGCUGCUACAACUAUACCAAUCGGGCAUCCUCACCAUUGACCAGAUGGAGACCGUGGUCUCCGCCAUUGUCAAUAAGACAGAGGAAAUGAAAUCAGGAAAUCAAUAUCCUUCACGGUAUGACCUUUUUCAGUAUACUUUGGAGUUGGAGAAUAUCAAUGCCAUUGUCCGUGAUAUCCAGGAUCAGAAAACCUCUGUCUGGGAUCCUUUCUUUUCCAGGUGCGUCUCUAACCACAGUCAGGAAAUAAGUCUCCUUGAAUCUCAAGGAUCGACCUUUAGCGUCCCAGGAACUGCCCAGGGCAUGUCUGCUGCGAUUACACAAAUGGGGACCUCAACUGAUGGGGCUUCUGUCUUCUGCGAAUCUGCACAGGGAUAUAUUUCCUCCCCCAAAAGCUCUGAGGAGUCUUUGGCAAAAAGCCCCUUUCACUCGCAGAGUGCUUUAAAGUCUCGAUUGUUAAAUUUCCCUGUUGCUGAUUUCCCUGGAAAAGAAGCUUCGUUGUGGGAUGUACUGCAUUCCCAUUACGUUUCCAAGGAGAAGCAGAAGGAGCUGCUGCGGCUCCAUCAGUUUGGCGAUCUCAACCUUGAUCAGAUGGAGUCUGUGGUGUCUGAUAUCAUUCACCGUGACAAGGAGGGGAGAGAGAUGCCGAGCGGAGGCUGCUCAGCAAGCGGCAGUCCUGAUUCCACCGCGGCAGAAGACGGCGAGUCCCAGGCUCGGCAGCUGCAACUGAAGAAGACUUUGAGGACGACUCUGGUCCCCGUGACAGUGGGAGAAUACCAGGGGCAACGUGUGUGUGUCCUGGAUCUCCUCUUCUCUAAAUACGUCCCUCAGGAUAAUAGGCAGGAACUCCUUGAACUGUACAGAGCGGGGGCUUUACCCAUUGAGGACAUGAUAAGCAGAAUCACUGUCCUGCUGGAAGAAGCGGAAAGCCAGCGGGAGAAGCGAGAGACCAAGAAAAGGGACGUGCGUCGAAAGGAGAGACAGGACCAAGGGGAGCCGUCUGCCACCUCCUCCCAUCGCCAGAGACAGCGUGAUAUCUCCAUCCAGGUCCAAGUGAUGCCAGGAGACAAGCGCUCUACCACGGGGUGUCCAGAGGGUCCCCCUAUUGUGCAAGUCCGUGAAGAACCCCACUGGCCCUUCCCUAGCCUGAUGGAUCCCGGGGAGGAUCAGGUCAUCGCGGGCAUCCUCAAGGAGCCUGGCCGGGAAAAGCUGAGCAUCCGGCAGGCCCUGCACAGAGGCCUCCUCACGCACGGAACGGGCCUGGCCCUGCUGGAGCACCAGGCCGCCUCUGGCUACAUCGUGGACUGUGCCAAGAACCGGCUGCUCUCGGUGAGAGAUGCCAGGAACGCGGGUCUGCUGGAUCGGGAUCACUUCAACACGCUCUUGAUUGCCGAGAAAGCCGUGACCGGUUACACGGAUCCCUUCUCGGGAAACAAAAUCUCCCUCUUCCAGGCCAUGAGGAAAGGCCUCCUGAUCAAGGACCACGGCAUCCGCCUGCUGGAGGCCCAGGUGGCCACGGGGGGACUCAUCCACCCUAUGCACAGCCACCGCCUCCCCGUGGAGGUGGCCUACAAGUGGGGGUACCUGGAUGCGGAGAUUUUCCACCUGAUCUCCAACCCCUCCAAUCACACCAAGAGGUGCUUCGACCCCAACGCCCGCGAGAACCUCACCUACCUGCAGCUCCUGCCCCGCUGCAUCCUGGACUCGGAGACUGGGCUGCUGAUGUUCCAGGUGAUGGACAAGGGGUGCGUCCAUCUGGAGGAGAAUGCGCGGAAGUCCCUGAAGUCUGCCACCGCGAAGGUCCAGGUUGGGAUAUUCCAAGGUCAGGAAGUCUCCUUGUGGGACCUCCUCUUCUCCAGAUACAUCCUUCAGAAUAAGCGGAAGGAGCUGCUGAAGCAGUUCAAAUCUGGCUCCAUAACCCUUCAAGAGAUGACGCAGGUGCUCACCUCCAUCAUUGACGAGGCGGAGGCCAAAAGCAAGUCAAAGCCCAUCCAGAUGAUGCUUUUGUGCGAGAGAGAUCGAAGCCGGUGCAGCUCCGAGAGGGAGGUCAUAGAAAAGAUCCUGAAGUCCAGGGUGGUCAUGAUGCCAGCUGGGGAGUUCUCUGGACACAAGAUCUCUGUGUGGGAUCUCCUCCAUUCCAAGUACAUCCCUAAAGGGAAGAGGAAGGAACUCCUAAAGCUGUUUGCGACCGGUGUUCUCACGGUUGACCAGAUGGAAGUGGUGGUUACUGCCAUAGUGGCCAAAGUAGAGGAAGAGAAGGCCAAAGUGUUGAGUGCCGGCCAGGAGGACGAGAGGGGGUGUGAGCCCCAGGAGACCCAAGCACAGCAAUCCUUAAAGCUGAUCCAGAUCCCAGUAACCGCUGGCCAAUUCAAAGGGCAAAACAUGUCUGUGCUGGAUCUUCUCUUCUCUAAGUAUUUUUCCCGUGAGAAAAGGCAGGAGCUGCUGGAGCUCUACGGGUCAGGGGUACUGAGCCCUAAGCAGAUGGUGGAAGCUGUGAGGAGCACCCUGGAGAAAGUAGAGGCCAGUAGGAAGAGCAAGGAGGUUGCGGCAGUUUCAAGCUCCUCCACCUCCCAGCCGGCCGAUGACUUGCUGAAGGCCAAGAUGGUCAUCAUCCCUGCGGGAGAGCUCCGGGGGCAGCAGAUGUCUGUGUGGGACCUUCUCUCCUCUCAGUACAUCACGAGAGACAAAGGGGAGGAGCUCCUGAGGAAGUACCGGGAAGGGGCCUUCACCGUGCAGGAGAUGGCCUCCAUGCUCACCAUCCUGGCUUCGCUGCACGACCUCUUCUCGACUCUGGAGAAAACAGCUCCCAGAACUGGCGCAAAGGCUUCAUCCCAGGGCUCGCUUUGUCCUCCCAGUGUAUCGUUUGAGGGGGAAGGAGAGGAAGAGGAGGAGGAGGAGGAGGAAGAUGAUGAGGACGAUGGCGACGAGGACCAGAAGAAGAAGGACAAAGUCUUGAAAUCGAGAAUGGUGGAGGUUCCUGUGGGGGAAUUCGCUGGGCGGAAGGUCUCUCUCUGGAACUUGCUUCACUCCAAGUACUUCCCAGAGAAGAAGAGGAAGGAAGUCCUGAAGCUGUACCGGAUUGGAAUUCUCUCAGCUGACCAAAUGGAAACCAUCGUCAUGGCGGUCGUAACCAAACUUUGUGAAGAAAAGGCUAAAGAAGACCGGCAUGGAAGCAGCCCUCCUUGCCACAGCCUGAAAGAAGCCGGGGUGGCUGAGGUCUCCGUCGAGACGCUCCGGGAGAGAACCGUGGAAAGUCUAACCUUUGAGUUUCCCGUUGGGGAGUUCCAAGGCCGGAGGGUGACGGUGUGGGACCUGCUCUUCUCUAACUACGUCUCGGAGGCCAAGCGGCAGGAGCUCCUGACCAGGUACGCCACGGGGGCGCUGAACAACCAGGACCUGCUGGCUGCCCUCACCGCCCUCAUCACGGAGGCCCACAGCCAGAAGAAUAUGCUCAGCAUCCCGCCCCUCUUCCCCCUGCUGCCCCGGGAGGCUUCGUACAUGAUGUUUGGCCCCCCCAGGGCCUCCAUGCAAGACCUCCUGUGCCCUCAGGAACAAGAAGCCCAGAACAAUGGAAAGGUGACCUACAGCGAGGUCACCAUGACCACCACCGUGGUCCAAGGGGCUGAGCAAAAGCCAGAAUAG